AUAAUAUCGUUCGUCAGGAUGUUUGUAGUUCAUAUACGAGCGAGAUCGUUGUGUGCGUACGCCUCAUAUUUGAGCGCGAACGCAGCGGCAUCAGCGGCCCGCGAGAGAAUUAUUACGUGAACGCGACUAGCUUGUUUCGAUGCCGUCAGCGCAUGUCUGAACAUUGAGUGCGAUUGUAAAUUAUACUAAUUGGGUAUGGCGGUCCUUACUGAUAAAACAGUGCUUUCGACUAUUACUAACCCAGUGGCAAUGUUAUACAUCAACCGCGCAUCCGCUGUGUGAAAUAGGAACUAGUGUUAUAAUAAUUAUAAUCACACUCGAACAGGUCUAUUGCUCGGACUGGUGCAAUAUGCAUGUAUCAACUGAAUGUGUGCGUGAAGUGUUCAUAAAUAGUCUUUGCGAAAGGGGUUCGGAAUGAUCACUAUUGUAACAUCAUUGAUGCUUCUGGAUUAUGGUUUAUGUAAUAUAUUUAAAUACUUAAAUAAAUAUUAAAUCAACAUGGAUCCUAUAUUGGAAAACGAAGCUGCGUCUUCGGAAUCCACUAGCAAGCAUGGAAAGUCUAAAGACAGAAAUAAAAAGAAAAAAAAUCAACUUGAAUUACAGAAUGAAAGUCAGACGGUUGUUGGUGAAAGAAAAAAAUUCGUAGUCACCACUUUAUCAACUUCAGAAGACCAAAAUGUUCCCUCUGAAAACGUACAUCAAAGUAAUGUCCAUACCAUACAUUUUGGAACACGUGGUGUCGAAUCCCGACCUCAUGUCAGGUCAAUCUUUAAGGAAAAAGCUGCCGAUUCAUCGAGGCCGUCAAGUACAGAUAGGGAAAUUGUGAACAAAAAGGAAUACGAAACUUUUCACGGAACAUCAACUAGUCCAAGGAGUUCUAUUUUUGAUAUAUUUCGAAUAAGAAGGAAAAGUGAUUCUAAGAAACAUCAAUCCGUAAUACAGACUGUUAAAGGCGCUUUAGGUGGGACUACUAAAUCGGCAGAAGCUCCUGAAACCUCAAAAGAGGAACAAAAUGUACAAGACCCUAAGGAGUCUCAUAAAAAGUAUUAUUAUACUGUUACGGGAGUUUCUUCGAGAAAAUCUAGCCCUAUUACAAGAGUAAUGGAUAUUUUCAGAAGUAAGCCUCAUCCUCAGGUAGAUCAGAAUUCAUCUGAAACUGUUAAGAAAAAGAACACAAAACAAAUACGUCGUUCCUCAAUAGGAACAACAUCGCCGACUUAUCAUAAAAAUUCAUAUGCUUCCUUAGAUCCUGUACAAGCUAAACAAUUGUUUAGAGAAGUUCGGGGGCUACCGAAAUACGACCCCUAUUUAUCUAUUGUUCAAAUAUCAUUAGGCGGUAGAGACAAAACAAGGCUUCUUUUGAAUUUUUUCAAGUACCAUAAGUGUUAUGAAAUUCUCCCUAAAUCUGCAAAAGUUAUAAUAUUUGACACUCAAUUUCCUGUUAGAAAAACUUUUCCUACUUUGGUAUCCCAUGGCAUUCGAUCAGCUCCGUUGUGGGAUGCUAAUAAAAAAUUACUUGUAGGAAUGAUAACUGUCUCUGAUUUUAUUAGAAUUUUGUUACACUUUGAAAAAGAAAAUUCGUCAAUGGAUGAUUUAGAAAAACAUACGCUCCAUAAUUGGAAAAAGAUGUUAGGGCCUACACGUAAACCAUUAUGUAGUGUUAGUCCCGAUCAAUCACUUCACGAUGCCAUUAACUUAUUAAAUAAAAAUAGAGUUCAUCGCCUUUUAAUGAUCGAUCCUCUAUCGGGAGACGUGUUAUAUAUAUUAUCGCAUAAAAGAAUAUUACGGUUCUUGUUCGUUUAUCUAAAUGAAUUUCCAGAAUUAACAUUUUUUCAUAAAAAAUUGCUCGAUUUAAAUAUAGGUACAUACAAAGAAAUUAUUUCUGUUACUGAUAAUACAAGUAUUAAAGAAGCUUUUCAACUAUUAUUAGAGAAAGAUAUUUCAGCUUUGCCCAUUUUAGAUGAAAAUGGUGUUCUUAUAAAUGUUUACGCUAAAUACGAAGUAUUAAAUUUAGUGAGUGAAAAAUUGUAUUUGAAUUUAUCGUUAACGAUAGGUGAAGUACGAAACAAAAAGAAAGACUGGUACGAAAAACUACAAAAAUGUUUGUCAAGUAUUACUUUAUAUGAGGCCUUGGAAAUUAUUGUUAGAACGGAAAGUCAUCGACUAUUGUUAGUAAAUAAGGAUGAUAAGUUAGUAGGAAUAGUUUCUCUGUCAGAUAUUUUAGUUUAUUUGAAUAGGAUUAUUCCUGUAGAGAAAAAAGUUUCAUCACUCCAAGAAAUAUUUAGGCCAUUGGAAGAAAAUAAAGUUCCCGAAUCAUUAAAAGAAAGUGAAAAUGAAGUCAUAACUCUUACUGUACCCGAUAUAAGAGCGCAAAAUGUACCUGAGGCAAAUGAAGCUAUUUGUGAGUCCAAUGAAUCUGCUGAUGAUAUUAAAGUAGCAACGACAAGUGAAUUGGAGACUGAAGUAAAAGAUACUAGUCCAAAAGCUGAUACGGAUAUUAGUGAUAAUAUAGAUUCAGCUGAAAUUCCACAAUCUCAAUCAAAUAUAGAUUAAAAAUGAUGAUUCGUAGUUAAAUAUAAUUCCAAAGAUAUAAAUACAAUUAGUGUAUUAAUCUCAGAUGUGCUUUCUGCUUGUAAUAAAAUUUAUGAUACUGUAAAAUAACUUACUGUUAAUAGUAGCAUCGACACCACAUGAAUGCCUUAUUUAUUGUUUAACCCAUAUUGAUAUAUCGCUAAAGAAAACUAAUAAAGUAUUUUAGCAGCACUUG